UUGGUUCUUUUCUGUAGUUUUGACCCGAGAGAUUGUUUUCAUUUACUGUUGUCGGUCUAAAAUUAGUUUUUAUUCUUUAAUACAAUGGAAGCGUGAAUAUACCACCUUAUGAUUAAUACUAUGAAAGUAUUUCUGUUUUUGACACCCCUGUCAUUAUUGGUUUGCGCCGCAGCCACUUCCUUGUUUAAAAGUUUUUAUUUAGGGUAAAGCUUGUACAGAAGUUGGCCACCGUUUCUGGACCGUUUGAACAGUUGUUGUGUAAUUUUUAAGCUCAUUGUGGUACGUUUUGUUAACGGCAACUUUUAUGGCCACUACAGCAUUUCAAACCUCAUGGCUUUAACGGUCCGUUGGCGGCUAAUGUUGCACUGAGAACCUCUGUGAAGAGGAAGAUGUCUAGGGCUAGCGUCAGCGAGGACAUCCGUGAGAAGUUUCCUCUGCACUCUGCAGUAUGGGUGAAUGAUUUCAGGAAACUGGAAGAACUCAUAUCCACCACACAGAAUGGCAUAGAAGCAGAGGAUCCCAGAGGUCGAACACCUUUGCACCUGGCUGUGACACUUGGACACCUUGAGUCAGUGAAAGCCCUUCUGAGACGUGGGGCUCAGGUGACCAAAGAAAAUGCCAAUAACUGGACAGUACUGCAGGAGGCAGUCAGCACAGGGGAUCCAGAGAUGGUUCAGUUAGUGCUUCAGUGCAGAGACUACAUCAAAGCCUCCACUGCUCUGGAAGGAGUGCCUGAGCUGCUGUCAAAGAUCAGAGAGUCUCCAGAUUUCUAUAUGGAAAUGAAGUGGGAAUUCACCAGUUGGAUACCUCUUCUUUCUCGGGUUUGUCCGAGUGAUAUUUGUCGCAUCUGGAAAAGUGGCACCAGCCUACGAGUUGAUGCUACUCUGCUCGGCUUUGAAAACAUGGCGUGGAUACGAGGGCAAAGAAGUUACAUCUUCAGAGGAGAUGAUUCAUACGCAGAGCUGAUGGAGGUGAACCAUGACGAAAAAGUAGUCGACACAGAGCGAUUCAACAUCUCCCAAGAAAUGGAGGAUGUGACCCUAGAGUCGAUGCAACCAGCUGAACAGGAGGUUGCCAAGAGGUUGACUACACCCACUGUCAACACCUAUUUAGACACCAAGGACAUUGUAUUUGACAGGAACAAGUCUGGGAUUUGGGGCUGGAGAACUGAAAAAUCUGAGCUGGUCAAUGGAUUUGAAGCAAAGGUUUUCAGUGUAAACAACGUAAAUGUUGUCAUCAGAACAAGGACAGAGCAUCUUACAGAUGAAGAGAAAGCCAGGAUAAAAAGUGAAAGAAACAUCCUGGAAUCUCUGCUGGGGACAGUGGAGCAGCAUGUUAGUGCACAAGGGGACCUCACUCUCGAGUAUGCAACUGCAAACAACCCCACUGCCAUCACUCCAGAGGAAUAUUUUGAUCCUGAUUUUGACCUUGGGAAAAGGGACAUUGGUCGACCAAUUGAACUAAGCAUUAGAACACAGAAAUUCAAGGGUACUUUGUGGAUGAGUGAGGAACAUCCCUUGUCCCUGGUGGAACAGGUGACCCCCAUCAUUGACCUCAUGGCACGUACAAGUUCCCACUUUGCAAGAUUACGAGACUUUGUAACCUUAAAGUUUCCUCCGGGAUUCCCUGUUAAAAUAGGUUUGUGCAAUUUUUUUCCAGAGAUCCCCCUGUUUCAUGUACUGAAUGCCAAGAUUACCUUUGGUAAUGUAAAUAAAUGCAGCACAGCAGAGGAAACGAUCACGACACCAGCCGCUACGCCAACAUCCUCAGAAGAAAGUGAAGAAGCUGCAGUCACGCCUCUGUUCAAGGUGUGUCCCUCUGUGUUUGUGGUGCCCCCUAAUUACCAUCGCAGAGGUGGAAGCCGUCACACGCCAAUGUCAAACAAUGAUGAGGAGGUCUUACAGUACGCCAUCCAUCAGAGUCUCUUGGAGUCCCACCGAGUCCCGGGCCAGGAGGGAAACUGGAAUAAUGCAGAAUUUGAAUUUGCUGAUGGUAUACCCAAUAGCCAGAGUGACAGGAGUAUCCCAGAGGGGGUGCUAGUGGAAUAUGGAGAUGUUUCCAGUGGUACUAGCUCUGUGUCCAUCUCCAGUCCGGAUUCAGACCUCCGGCUGGCCAUGGAGCUUUCUGCACAAGCUCAGGAGGAAGAGGAGAAAAUGAGGAAGCUGGAGGAAGAGGAGCUAGAGAGAAUUUUGCAGCUGUCACUUACUGAGAAGUAAAAGGAAAAUAGGGAACUAUAAUAUCAGUAAUUGUAAAAACACAACUUUAUCCAGAUUCAGAAACAACAACCUCACCUCAGUCAUUCAAACCACUAUCUAUGCAGACCAUUUUGAGACAUGCAAUAUCAAAGUCUUGACAUAAAACGAUUAAGGUAUUUUCCUGGCAAGAGUGUAUUACUUUAUAUAUUUCUAGCUCAGCUUUUGUCUGACUCUUUGUAAGUUCCCUUAAGAAUAUCACGGUUGUUUGACUUUUAAUUUAUUAUCUACUCCACUUCAGACUCAUAGCAGUGACCUUCAAUUUUUUGAAAAUAUGAUCAUCCUUAAUGCAGUGGACAUAAUUAUGGCCGAGGUAACUUCAUAAUGGGUUGAAGAUUGUGUCACUCUUUCUUCUUGCUAGCUGUCAUUGUCUGCGGAACCUGAAGAGACAGUAUUUUUACUGUGAAGUCUCCAUGCAGUGUAUAUGACUGUUGGCUCACUGAAUAAACUCAGGGUUCAACUUUUUACACAUUUUCACUUCUUUAUGUUUGUUAACACACUUUCUUAAUCUCUUGGUCUUAUUUUCACCUGGUAACACUUUUCCCCUGGUGUGAAUUCUUGGUACUUGUGAACUGUGUACUUUACAAAUAAUGAUUGCGAAAUCUGGAUGAAUUUAUACAAAAGUUGAGAAUGCUUCAAAGGUGUUGUACAUGAAUGAAUGAAGACUCUGCAUAUGGUCUUACAAAGCAUGUCACCUCUGAGAAAAACAAAAUACAUUUAGAAGCCUGAUAUCAUGCAGCUUCUUUGGCAACAAA